AUGAAUGCAACCAAGCGCAAGUUCAACUCCCUGAUCCAGGGAAUGGGCAGAUCGUCAGCGUCUACCAAGUCUAGCAACAAUGAGUCCUCCAGCCUGCCGACCGAGUCGCCUCGUCCCUCAACGACUUCUCUCCCGGCCUCGAACACAAGCUCGUCGAACACCAAUACCAAAACGCCUAUGUCGAUCGAAGAGGAUAUACUGUUGAAGCGCCGGCGCUUGCAGGCUUUGACUGAAAAGAGGUCUACGAUCACCAACACCACAACAGGCGCGUCGGCAACGACCGUCUCGAAUAUUGUUCUGAAGAAGUGGAUACCAAACUCGUCCAAGGAGCAAAUAGUACAGGUCACGUCGAAGUACGCCCCGAGUGACCGGAAUGAGUUGUUAAAAAGGUUGGCUAGCUUUCAAGAGAUCACGGAUUGGACGCCAAAGCCCGAUAGGGUCAACGAAAUUGAGUGGGCGAAGAGAGGAUGGGUAUGUCAGGGCAAAGACCGUGUACGCUGCGCGCUCUGUAACAAAGAGCUUGUCGUCAAGCUGAACAAGCGGGAGGUUGAUGGCAAGGAAGUGCCCGUUCUUGUUGCGUCUGACGUGGAGGAAGCUUUGGUCCAGAAAUAUUCAGAUCUUAUCGUGUCGGCCCACCUCGAGGAAUGCCUGUGGAGGAAACGUGGAUGCGAUGAUUCUCUGCUGCGGCUGUCUCUCACCAACGCCAAAUUGAGCAUGGAGGCCUUACGGCAAAGAUAUGAUGAACUCUGUGGGAGAAAAUCGUUCUUGCCGUAUGAAUUUAAUCUACGGCUUCCUGAGGGGCUUAAUAUCGACGAUGUUCUCACCCAGCUACCUGAGGAUUUCUUUACCAACCCGCCGCCAGCCAAAGACUCACCAGACCCCAAACAACCAAACAGGGUCGCCCUUGCCCUUGCCUUAAUGGGUUGGCAGGGCCUGACGAACCCUCGAAUUGGUGCUGUGCCAAAUUCCGCUUCUUGUCAUACUUGCCUGAGAAGACUUGGUCUGUGGAUGUUCAAGAGCAAGGAGGUUAGCGCCGACGGCGAAAUACUCGUUCCAGCGCCCAUGGACCAUCUUGAUCCUGUCAAGGAGCAUCGUUUCUUCUGCCCAUGGAAGAAUCCGAUGACACAACGCCUUGGCACUGCGAAGUCAGGCUCGGAGUCCAAUAUGGCCGCCUGGAAGUGCUUGGCGCAGGUGCUUAAGAACGAUGCCUACCUACGAGGAGCUCUCGAUGACCGACCAAAGAACAAGGCUUGGCAUAGUAGAGGCGCGUCAGUGCCAUCAACUCCAGUUCGCCGAGGUGCUGCUGCGCCAUCGACACCAGGAGGGCCCUAUGAUUCUCCCAGCGCUGUUACGGAGCCAGGUGACGAUGAUGAGAAGACUCGAGAUGCCAAGGAUAAGGAGCGUUGGGCCCGCCUGAGAAGAGUAAAAAGCCUUUUCGAAUCAAAAAAUGCGAAAAAACUCCGCCGGUCGCUUAGCAGACCAGGAACGGCACAUUCAAAUGCGUCGGGAGCAGGCGUACAAGCGGAAAAAAAUACGGAGAAGGAGAAGGAAAAGGAGAAUGUGUGA